AUGGCUUCCUCUACACCUCCCUCUGGCUCUGCAUCCACUGCUCACCCUCUACCAUCCUCUGGCUCUCCAUCCACUGCUCACCCUCUACCAUCCCCUGGCUCUGCAUCCACUGCUCACCCUCUACCAUCCUCUGGCUCUGCAUCCACUGCUCACCCUCUACCAUCCUCUGGCUCUCCAUCCACUGCUCACCCUCUACCAUCCUCUGGCUCUGCAUCCACUGCUCACCCUCCCACUCCCUCUGACUCUGCGUCCAUAGACAGACUGCUCCAGCAGAUUCUACGACAUCUGGCUACGCAGCAGCAGCAGCUGGACAGGCUAGAGCACGGGCAACACAACAUGGACAUCCAAGUUUUCCUGCUCAAGGACCAACACCGAGUGCAGGCAUUGCACUUUGCGAAAAGCCUCGCACGCUUCAAUGCACCAACCACGAACCAGGGUUGGCUUUUAUUUCUUGCAUUUUGUUUCGUCUGGGGCACUGUAGUUUCAUUAUGGCAGAACUGGCUGUUCGCAAAGCAGGCAUCUCUUGUCAAAAGUCAUCAGCAGCUAACGACAGCUAUGUUUGGUAUAUACUUAUGGCUUUUUAGUCGCGUGUUGCGUGAGAAGAGGCAACCCAAGUCAAGAGUUUCCCAGGCUCCAUGCACAACCUCGCCCAAAACGAGCUACCUAAUUGCGCAGCGUACAAGAGCCAGCAGAGCCUUAGCUGGUCAAGUCUGCGACCACACAGCUACAGGACAUGCCUCCUACUGCCACAGAGUGAAUUUUUUGACGUCAGACAUGCUACAAGAUUGA